CGGUGCCCGCGUGCAAGUUUUUCUCUCGGGUCUGCGGGUCCUCAGCCACCAGCCUUUCUCUCAUGACAACCUGGUCGCUGGCUGCCACGAACUUCUGCUGGCGGCCUAAAAGAGCAAGGCACAGACGGGCUGCUGGAUGAGUUCUUUGAAGGCUUUCCCCUUAUUGAAAACACCUUUAUCUCUGCUUGACCCUUCUUCACUUGUGCUGACACAAGCGCACCUGGACCACAGCUUAUCACCCAGCUGGAGCCCAUUUGCUUGCCUGCCCUGGGUCACCUUCUCCGAGGAGGGCCGGCAACAAAAGCUGUGCCCCCCUUGUUUCACAUGUGCCACAGUGGCAUUUCCACAGCUGCAGGAGGCUCUCUGGCCAAAUACUCCCUUGUGCACACUGUGGUUUCUUUCCUCACAGAACCAAAUGCCUGCCUUAGAAUUUAAGGCUCAGCUAUACUUCACUUUCACAGAAAUUCAACAGACCAUAGACCAGAAAAGGUCUAUUGAUACAGCAGCAGCUUUCUAAUCAGCCCAGAAAAAGCCAUCAGAAACCAUCUGAGGUCACCAUAUCCCACACAAACAGAGCAGAAGGAGUGUGUCCUGCUGUUAUGUCUUUCACCUCGACUGUGUUUUCCUCCUCUGCUCAGUGACUUGCACCCAAAUGCAAUGCCGUGGUCAUACCCAUGCCUGUCCUGCAUUCAACCAGGAUCACUCACACAAGGACCACACACAUGGUAACGCUUUUCUGGCUCAGGACGACCCAAGCUAACGUGGAUUUUUUAUUUAUUUAUUUUUUCUCCCCAACAUUUGUUUUCUCUCCGUGGGGCCACUCCGUUGCUCACUCUCACUGAAGAAGGCAGUACCAGGUUCAGGGUGCUUCCUGGGAAACCAAUUAACGGCCCCCACCAGGUGUGCAGCGGGCGAGGACAGCGCUGCCAGCGGCCCCCUGCCCCGGCCGCACCCACCGCGAGCUCCCACCGCCUGACGGUCACCUCCGAUGCCACCCCCAGUCCCCAAGGUUCUUUUCAGCGCCGCCGUCCACCAGGGCCGCACACCGAGUCCCCCUGCAUAGCCUCCAGGCGACUGCCGUGCUCAGGAGCCCUGCCGCCGUCGGCAGUUGCUGUUCAUAGAGCAGCGAAGCACAUCAAAACGCCGGGGCUCGACAGGGAGACCCUCGGUGCUGGAGCAGCCGCUCGAAAAGCCAAAGCCACUAGCGCGCUUCUGAGGGACUACCAGAAGACCCGUGCAGCGCUAUCGGGGCUCACCCGCCUACCGCAGGGUGUGGGGAGGGAGGAAGGAGGAAGUGACGUAUGCGACGGCGGAACAGAGAUAGCGCCGGCCCACUGCCAUUGCCAGGGCCAAAGAUGACGCUCCCCUCACGGAGCGAGCGGAAAAGGCGCGCGCGUAUCCGGUGCCUCAUACUCUAGCGCCCGGCCAGCAAGGUGUGCCGAGAGACGCUCCGCGCCCCUGUCAGGGCCAGCGCCCGCCGCGGCCAUGGCGGCCUGGCCGGCCGCGCCCCUCCUCAUCAAUCUCGGGGGAUCACUACUGGGUUUCGUGGCCACGCUCACAUUAAUCCCGGCCUUCAAAGACCACUUCUUGGCAGCGCGCCUCGUCGGCGAGGACCUCAAUAAGGCCUUCCGGCGGCCCAUCCCCGAGGCACAGGGUAUGAUCAGCGGGGCCGUGUUCCUCAUCAUCCUCUUCUGCUUCAUCCCUGUGCCCUUCCUGCGGUGCUUCAUAGAGGAGCAGUGCACGGCCUUUCCUCACGACGAGUUUGUGGAGCUUAUUGGCUCACUCCUUGCCAUCUGCUGCAUGAUUUUCCUGGGCUUUGCAGAUGAUGUUUUGAACCUACGCUGGCGUCACAAACUCCUUCUCCCCACCAUGGCAUCCCUCCCACUGCUUAUGGUGUACUUCACCAACUUUGGGAACACAACCAUUGUGGUGCCUAAGCCUUUCCGCGUGCUAUUGGGCAUGCACUUGGACUUGGGUAUUCUCUACUAUGCAUACAUGGGCAUGCUAGCAGUGUUUUGUACUAAUGCUAUCAACAUUCUCGCUGGAAUCAAUGGGAUUGAAGCAGGGCAGUCUCUGGUGAUUGCUGCUUCCAUUAUCGCAUUCAACCUUGUAGAGUUAAACGGGGAUUAUCAGGAUGAUCACAUUUUCUCUCUCUACUUUAUGAUUCCAUUUUUUUUUACAACGCUGGGGCUGUUUUACCACAACUGGUAUCCUUCCCAAGUGUUUGUUGGGGACACCUUCUGUUACUUUGCUGGCAUGACCUUUGCUGUGGUGGGAAUCCUGGGUCACUUCAGUAAAACAAUGCUUCUUUUUUUCAUCCCACAAGUGCUUAACUUCCUCUACUCAUUGCCUCAACUCUUCCACAUUAUUCCUUGUCCCCGCCACCGACUGCCAAGGCUCAAUCCUACAACAGGGAAGUUGGAGAUGAGCUACUCCAAAUUCAAAACUAACAGCCUCUCAACCCUGGGAACAUACAUUCUGAAGGUAGUAAAGAUCUUGCACAUAGUAGACGUGAGGAGUGGAAUGGAUGAAGAUGGUGAAUACUCCGAGUGCAAUAAUAUGACGCUAAUUAACUUUGUUAUAAAGCUGAUUGGACCCAUCCAUGAACGAAAUCUCACUCUCCUGUUGCUACUCAUUCAGGUCCUGGGCAGCAUGAUUGCAUUUUCAAUCCGAUACCAGCUAGUGCGCUUAUUUUAUGAUGUCUGACCGAACUGCCAGGAGCUGCACCUUCCAGUGAACUUUAUUCAAUUGCUGACCAAAAAAUUCACUCUUAUUCUGGUCCUCUGAAAACUCCAAGCCACCUUUCAGAAUGCAAGAAACUACUCAAAGCCAGCCUAGAAUCACAAUUCUCUGUUUGUAGACAGAGCUCUUACAUCUAAUUCUGCUGACAGAAAACAGUCGACUCUACUUGGACAUCCUUGCUACUGAGAAUACCUUUCAGACGGGAAAUAAGCAACACAAAUCUUUACACAGAGUGUUUAGGGAAAGCAGGAGAAAUGAAAUUGAAAUUUAAGAAACUGUUCCUUGAGAGAAGAAAUAAGAAGUACAAUUUCUGUGAGACUGUACAGCGGAACAGGUGAACCAGAAUGCCCUCUUGGCUAAUUCAGGUUUAUCCAUGGAUGUAGAAUAAUACGUUAUAAAUCAUACCCGUGACUCAGAGCAUUCUGAGAAUAAAAUAACACGAGAUACCCUUUCACCUUCA